AUGCUUCCAAGGAUCAAUCCAUUGAGAUUGUUGUUGCUUGGUGCACCAGGCUCUGGUAAAGGCACACAGACAAAGAAGUUGAAAAAAUUACUUCCAAAUAUAUUGGCUAUAUCUUCCGGAGAUCUACUUCGAGAACAAGUGACGAAGCGCACUAAGCUUGGUAAGGAAGUCCUACAAUACAUAGAGAGGGGAGAAUUGGUACCAGAUGGCUUGAUAUCAAGAUUUGUUACUGCACAGUUAUUGAAAACAAAAUCAGAAAGCGCACAAGAGCAAGUGCAGUGGCUAUUAGAUGGAUUUCCUCGAAACUUGGACCAAGCUAGGUCAUUCCAAAAUACUUUAAGGGUAUUAAAUAUGCCAUUGAGUAAUGUAAUCGAAUUGAAGGUUCCUAAGUCACGCAUCCUAGAAAGGUUGGCUAGCAGAUAUAUUCAUGAAGCAAGCGGUAGGACAUACAACCUCUCAUAUAAUCCACCAAAAACUCCAGGAGUAGAUGAUUUAACCGGCGAUCCAUUGGUAAAAAGAGUUGAUGAUUCCCAAGUGGGUGUGAUUACCAGAAGACUAGACGAUUACGAUAAGUUCAUUACUCCAUUGAGAAACUAUUAUAAUGAACUCGGUAUCCUCUCCACUGUCUCCGGUGAUACAUCAGAUGAAAUCUUCCCACAAAUUUUACAAGUACUAAACCUAAAUGCAGCCCCAGCUUCAACCUAA